AUGUCGCAAGCUUCUGAGUAUAACGGUCAAUUUCUAGACCUCAAAGACCACUCCCUCUUCCACCAAGCAUCAUAUGUCCAUGGAGAGUGGCUCCAAGCAGCUUCGGGCAAGACCUCGAGCCACGAGGAUGUUGACAGAGCCAUUCAAUCGUCGCAACGUGGCUUCCUCGAGCACUCAGCUUUGACUGCUCGCAAGAGGGCCCAGCUACUCAUGGAGUGGCACCGUUUGGUGACUGAGGCUCGCGACGACCUUGCCAAGCUUCUUACAUAUGAGACUGGGAAACCCUUAUCUGAAGCCUACGGAGAAGUUGACUAUUCCCUGGGCUUUUUAUGGUGGUUUUCUGGUGAGGCAGAGCGUGUUUCAGGUUCAAUAAGCUCGUCAACUGUCCAAAAUCGACGAGUCCUCGUUAUCAAACAACCCAUCGGCGUCACAGUUGCUCUCGUUCCAUGGAAUUUCCCGAUAGCUAUGAUUCUUAGGAAGGCUGGUGCAGCUCUCGCAGCAGGUUGCUCGAUGAUUGUCAAACCUUCACCCGAAACUCCUCUAACAUGCUUGGCCCUUGCGGACCUAGCAACCCGUGCCGGUUUUGCGCCUGGUGUCUUCAACGUGUUGACCACUUCACUGAAAAACACCCCAACACUGUCCGAGGCUAUGUGCACCCACGAGUAUGUGCAGAAGGUCACCUUUACUGGAAGUACAAGGGUUGGCAAGAUUGUAGCUGGCAUUUGUGCAAGAAACCUCAAGAAGUGUACGAUGGAACUUGGCGGGAAUUGCCCAUAUAUCGUCUUUGAUGACGAAGACCUUGAUCAGGCCGUGGACCAACUGAUGGCUCUGAAGUGGAGGAAUGCAGGACAGGCGUGUAUCACAGCCAACAGAGUCUACGUCCAAGCUCAAGUUUACGACAGAUUUGCUGAGAUGUUUGCUGCUAAGACACGAGAACUUAAGGUUGGACAUGGUAUGGAACCUGCGACGACCUUGGGAGCUGUGACUACCACAGCUGGGUUGGAGAAAGCACAGUCCCAAGUUCGUGAUGCCUUGCAACUCGGUGCUCAGUUAGCUGCGGGGUCUGGGAAGCCAUUCGACGGGCAAUUCAUGGAACCUGUGGUUCUUACCGGUAUGGCAAAGAAUAUGAGGAUGAGCCACGAGGAGACCUUCGGUCCUGUUAUCGGCCUCUUCAAAUUCGAGACUGAAGAACAGGCUAUCAAGUAUGCCAAUGACACAAGUCUCGGCCUUGCAAGCUAUGCAUUUACCAAAAAUGCUGAUAGGCUUUGGAGGCUUUUUGAAAAGUUACAGGCCGGCAUGAUCGGUCUUAACACUGGAGACGGAGCUUCAGCUGAAAGUCCAUUCGGUGGGAUUAAGCAGUCUGGCUAUGGUAAAGAGAGCGGAAAAGAUGUAGCUAUCGCCGAGUAUCUAAUUGAGAAGACUGGAACUUUGACGGUUCAAUAA